AUGCACUGCAUUCUGCAUGGUUGGUCAGCGGGAAAAUGUAUUCCAGAUGAGCUGAAGAUUUAUUACAAUAAGCAAGACGAGUUUACAGUUGAAGAUGGUUGCAUCCUUCGUGGUACCAGAGCAGUGAUUCCGGCAGUGUAUCAGGCUGCCAUUUUAUCGGAAUUGAAUUUGAAUCAUCCCGGAAUGGUCCGCAUGAAGUCUUUAACCAGAUUGCAUGUGUGGUGGCCCAGCAUCGAUUACGAUGUGGAGCAAACAGUGCGAGACUGCCAUGCCUGCCGAGCAAAUCGCUGUAAGAGUUCAGAGAAAGUCAGCAAUCCUCGGAUCUGGCCCACACGACCUUGGCAGAGGAUACAUGUCGACUUUGCCGGUCAGUUUAAUGGUCAGAUGUUUCUGCUUGUAGUGGACGCGAAAUCAAAGUGGAUUUAA